CUCACGCUAGGAACACCAACUAAAUCUUAAAUUUGUGUCACAAUGAAACGGGGAUCGGGAUGAAUUUAUACCCCGAUGAUCAUCGUUGUAGCGAUCAAGAGACGGAUGGAGGUUUGUGCGGUUGCAUGAUGGCGGGAAGUGAAGAAGAAGAAGAGGAAUUCCCUCAACGUCCCAGAGAUGAAGACAACUCGUACACCAGACGUCUUUUCCUUGCUCGUAAUCGAAAAAUUCUACAACAAUCCGUUCAUACCCGAACAUCUUCUUUGGAUGAUCAUGCUUCAGUUUCAACAGCUCGUCCCGGACAGAUGGACGACUUGCCAACACGAUCUGUCGCUUCGGAUCCCAUUGAUAAAACAAUGGAUGAAGAUGAAAUCUUGGAUGCUUUCCCCUUAUCAUCACCACCUCAACGGCCGCGUUACAGUCCAUCCAAAUCUCUCAGAGCUUCAACAAGUACUGUUAACGGUGCCCAAUCAGCAGCACGCAAAUCAAUAAGCAAUGUUUAUGAACGACUUUUGCGGGAAGAAGAAGAGAGGAGGGAAUCGGAGAGGGUGAGGAAAGAACAGGCAAGACAGAGAAGAAGGGUGGAAAGGUUGCGGAAACAAGAAGAUUCGGAAAUGUUGGCAAGAUUGAUCAGUAGCAGCUCAAGCAACACAAACGGAAAGGAGGUUAUGGAACACGGAGAUGAGAUGCAAAUGCCGCCCUAUACUUCACCAAUCUUGGCCGUUUCUCCGCCUUCGACCCGAGAUGUUUCGUUGGAUCUGAGAACGAAUCUUUUGCAAAACGAGGAUCUAGAGAUGGAUGAACGGAAUGCCAAUGGUCAUCUACAUCCCGCUCAUGCUUUCACUCGAUCGACCAAUGCUGCCAGACUAGCAGCUGUAAGAGCUGCAAAUAUGAUCGAAGAAACACGCGAGAACGAGAGCUCAACACCCUCAAUCACAAUACCCAGUCUAGGUCUAGCACCGCCAUUCGCACAGGAUGGAAAGGUGAAUGGAACGGCUAUAAAAGCGGAAGAACAUCAUCCCUCCUCCCCUCUCAACGCCUCUCCUGCGUCUUCGGCAGAUUCGGUACUCAGUUGCACGUUCCCAAACCGAACCAGCCCAACAGCCAGUCCGCAACUGCUUUCACCAAAUUUGAACAAUUUCUCACCACAGAUUAGCAAUCAAAGCUCAUCAUCUCCUAGACGGAAUCGUCAUAGACGUGGAACUUAUGGCGAAGGAGGCGCUUCACAAGUUUUGAGUUUAUCAGCUCGUGUUCCAAGUCUCAAUCCAGCCAAGACGGCCGCCAAAGUGAAAAAGGAGCUCUAUUCACCCGAUCCAGAUUUGCCAAAUUCACCUGGUCACUUUUCCAUCAUGCAAGAAGAAGAGGAGGAAGCAAAGAGUCAGGAUGAGAUCCCGGUAAAACAGGGCAAACGAAGGGUAUCUUUCAGCCCAAAACCUGAGUUCAUUACGACUUUUACACCCGUUGCGGAGGAAAGUGAGGAAGAGGAAGGGUCGUAUGACAACAACAACAACGAAGAGGACAGUAUACCAACAAUUCGAAUACCGGAUGAAAUAGUGACAGAAGGUUCUGAGAGUUCCCGUGUAGCAGACGUCCCGCUGCAAUCAACGCCUCCGCGGAAGAAGCGUAAUUCAGACAACGAUCGAUCCAAUAGUACGAUGAAUGCGCCGAAUUUCUCACCGAUCGGUGAUGAUCCACUCAGGCUCGCUUUGGAACAAUUCAACAAAUUUUUGAAGGAUAGAGAGGAGAAGAAGGAGGUCCCAAUUCCCGAUGACACCAUCAAAAGCGAACCUGAAAGAACCGUUGUCAAUUUGACCGUUGCCGACCUAACGGAUUCUAGUAAGGAUGAGGAGUACGUUCGGCAAUUGGAUGAAGCCCGUGAACGGCUGAAAAGGAUUGCAAGAUCAUAUACAGGUGCAGGCAAGCCUGUCAGAACCAUCCGGCCCACCUCUACUGUCACGAUCGGCGUCUGUUUGAUCGGGAUCUGCAUUGUUCAAUUUGCUCUCGUAUUCUUGAUGAAUGCCGCAGCUCAAGCUAAAGCCGAGGAGAUGUAUCUGACGAUGCAUUACAGUUAUCGUAUUGAAGACGUAUUGUUAUUUGAAGCUCAAGCGACGUCGUCUCUUUUCGCGCCUUUAUUCAAACAGUGGGGCAUUUUACCGGAUCUUGGUCGAUUGGCAAUCGGUGAUCGUGAUCAAUUGCUAAAUGAUUGGAUCAGCACAUUCCGUUGGAUAUGGAAAAGUGGUUGGCAAUACGGAACGAUUUGGCAACCUAUUCGAUUUAUGUUUGCCAAAUUAGCUUAUUCUUUAGGAUUGUAUGGAGUGAAUACAACUCCAAUCGGAGGUACGAUACCAUCGUGAUCGUAUUUAUUCAUGCUAUUCACCUGCAACUGCUCACACUUUUUAUUGUACUUUUAUGCUAAUGCUAUUGUAUACCGUUAUCGAUUUUCA